GCCACGUCAGCCUCACUCGCCAUCAUGAGGAUCCUCCUGCUUUUCGGACUGGUCGCCGUCGCAUUGGCCGACGUCACUCGCUUCGACGGCGAACAAGUGUUGCGUCUAAAACCGAUUUUUGACGAACAUGUCACCCUCAUUAAGGACCUGGCGCAAAGCAUUGAGAUCGACUUCUGGAGCCCCGAGAGCGCCGAGCUGGUGACCAUCGACAUCGACGUGGACAUCCGUGUCCCCGCCUUGUACCAAGACAUGGUGCACACCAUGCUGCUGCAGAGCAACAUACAACAUGAGGUCCUGAUCGACGACCUGCAGGCUGCCGUUGAGGACCAGGCUGACAACAAGGCUUCGCCCAGAACCCACAGCUACACCAAGUACAACAGCUGGGACAAGGUCCAGUCAUGGAUUGCAUCCAUUUCCUCUUCCAACCCGAGUCUGAUCAGCAGACAGGUGAUUGGGAAAACAUACGAGGGACGCUCCAUGACUCUCCUUAAGCUCGGCAAGAAGUCCAGCUCCGCCAAGCCUGCCAUCUUCAUGGACUGCGGCAUCCACGCCAGAGAGUGGAUCUCCCCCGCUUUCUGCCAAUGGUUUGUCAAGGAGGCUCUGUCCACCUACGGCAAAGAUUCUCAGAUGACCAGUCUGCUCGACCAGAUGGACGUCUACGUCCUUCCAGUCUUCAACAUUGACGGCUAUGACUACACCCACAAGAGCAAUAGGAUGUGGAGAAAAACUCGCUCCAGGAGGUCUGGGUCCAGCUGCGUCGGAGCUGAUCCCAACAGAAACUGGAACGCUGGCUGGUGCACCAUCGGAGCCUCCAGCAGCCCUUGCAGCGACACCUUCUGCGGCUACAAACCCGAGUCUGAGAUCGAGGUCAAGAACGUGGCCGACUUCAUCCGCAGGAACAAGUCAGCCAUCAAGGCCUACAUCACCAUCCACUCGUAUUCGCAGCUGCUGCUCUUCCCUUACUCGUACACCUACGACCUGGCAGCGCACCACAGCGAGCUGCUGAAGAUCGCUCAGGGAGCUUCUGCUGCCCUUCGUCGUCUGUACGGAACCCGCUACACCAGUGGACCCGGUGCAGCAACCAUCUACCCCGCCGCCGGAGGCUCCGAUGAUUGGGCCUACGACCUGGGUGUAAAAUACUCCUUCACCUUCGAGUUGCGUGACACCGGUCGUUACGGCUUCCUGCUGCCCGAGUCUCAGAUCAAGCCCACGUGCGAAGAGACCAUGCUGGCCGUCAAGUACAUCGCUGCCUACGUGCAGAAGAACCUCUAUUAAAAAGAGAGCGGGAACAGAGAAGCCCAGGACCCCUGCCAACUGGUUCUCCAGCUUCCCCCAACCCCGGCCCCUGGCAACCUCGUCGCCAUCUCCAGCCCCGUAUCCAUGGAAACGGUCACCACCCGCCAUGUUUCCUUGCUGUGCUUGACAGAAUGUCAAGAUGAGUGCGAACAAUAAAAUCAAUGAUCCAUCCCCGCGUGUAUGAUAA